CACAAAGGUAACAAAUACAAAGAAACACAGUCGCGCUCUCUUUCAAGUUAAAUGUGAGUGCGAGAACACAUAACAACAACUGCACAAUGGAAUUGCGUUGCGAUAAACACAAAAAGUUACUAACAAAUAUAUAACGAGCUUUAUAUUUGCCCGAAACAUUGUACAAAUCACACUCGUUGGGAAAAGCAACGCUGAACGUGGAUACCGCAUAAGAUCAACAACAAUACGCCAGGCAAAGGUAAGCUCACUGGCUGACUGGCUGACUGGCAGAUGUGACAUAAAGAAAUACGGAAAUUGUUGAGGAUCUGUAAACGUUUUGGGAGAAAAGAGUGAACAAUACAUAGACGAGAAGAGAAUGGGUGGAAAGAGUAAAAUUGUGCAAUGAUAGUGAUGGAAAACAAAUAAAAAGGAAUUAAAUCCACGACAGUAUUACCUCAGAGAGCCCGAAAAAGUAAAAUAAAAGUAGAGUGGACCAAACGGGUUGACAAAACAGAGUAUAACAAGAAAACAAGGUGCACAAAAACAACAAUGGAACACCGCUACACAUUUGAAUAGAGUUAUGCAGUGGUCCACCAACAGCGCAGACAACCAAGUCACAAACCCCCAGCGCUUAUCGAAACAAACAUUGCGCCGGACAGGCGAUAGAUAAAGCAAACGUACGCUCGCACAUACAAACGGCAGUUUUAUUUGAUUAGAUUUGAAGGCAAAAUAUCGAAACUCAUGGGUGUGAGUACGGAAUGUGAAGCGGUAGAUUAAGGUGCUCUGUGCGACCCGUAGGCAGGCAGGUACUAAUAACAAAGCGAACACAGUGCAGUGACAGAGAGCAGCGUGAAUUCGAGCAGAUAAAAACACACACGGAUAAUAAAAACAGUCAACAUAUAAAGGAAAUAAUAGAAAAAACGGCAACGCACUAAAGCUGACUCACCACAUACAAAAUAAUAUUACAACAUAAACCUCAUAAAACGCAUGCAAACAUCACAGGGAACGUCGUGUAAUCUCUGCGCAGUCAUAAUGGAUCCCUGCCGGAAUAUGGCACUCGAUCUGCCAGAGACCAAAUUCGUAUAUGACAACACCGCCGAAAGUGCUGUGAGCACGCCAUUAACGCCGACGUCAAGUGUAACGAAGAUUUCACCUAACGGUGUGAUCGAGUUGAGUGAACUAUUCUAUAUAAACAACAAACAGAAGAGUGCUAUAAGAGUGGAGGUACGUUUGAAUGCCGAGGGCAUAUUUUUGCGACGUGAAACCGGCGAACAAGAUGAAAUUAGCGAGCAACGUAUACGUAUGGAGGAUAUUAUCGGUAGUAGUUGUGACACACGCAUAAAGAAAUCGCAUCGUUUUGCCGGUCUGACAGCAUGCCGGCGCAUAGUAGAAGAGCCAGAGGCCGAGAAGGCAACACAAAAGGACAUUAGCGCUUAUUUGCAUAUUUAUGCGUAUAUCAAGAACGAGAAAGCGACCAUGCGUCGCGAGCGUACUGUGCGUAUAUUGCGUUUUCGCUCGUUCAAUACCUAUGAGGAGAAUAUGAAGGUGGCCGAGCGUUGGCAUCACGCAAUACGCAUUAAUAAGGCGGCAAUUAAGAAUCAAGUGGGUGAGAAGCAGCUGCUGAUUUUUCUCAAUCCUAAAUCCGGUUCGGGUAAGGGUCGUGAAAUGUUUCACAAACAGGUGGCGCCGGUGCUUAAGGAGGCCGAUGUGCCCUACGAGUUGCAUGUGACUGCGCACUACAAUUAUGCACGCGAGUUUGUGCGUAAACAAGUGGAUCUCUUAAAAUAUUACAGCGGCAUCAUCGUUGCCUCGGGUGAUGGUCUCUUUUAUGAAGUGCUCAAUGGCAUAAUGGAGCGUGAGGAUUGGCGUGCAAUUACACGUGCACUGCCACUUGGGAUUAUACCCUGUGGUUCGGGUAAUGGACUCGCGCGUAGUAUUGCACAUCUCUAUAAGGAACCUUACGAGCCGAAACCCAUAUUAUAUGCCACAUUGACGUGUAUUGCUGGCAAGUUGGCAAAAAUGGAUUUGGUACGCAUCGACACGGGAAAAGAAGGCAAAGCGUGUGAAAUGUACUCUUUCCUAUCUGUCGGUUGGGGUCUUAUUGCCGAUAUUGAUAUCGAAAGUGAACAUUUGCGUUCAUUGGGCUCAACGCGUUUCACUUUCUGGACGAUAAAGCGCCUAGUCUCUUUGCGCACCUAUAGCGGUAAGCUAUCCUAUAUACGCGCUGACCGUAAAGAUGGGCGCAAAACAUUUGGUACGCGCGUGUCUACAGUUUCGAAUGAGGAACGUCGUUUGCCACCCGAGGUACAGGAGUUUCACGAUAUACCAAAUCCGCCGGAGGGCGCAAGAGAAGAUGAUUACUUUCCAAAUGGUAGGUCAAAAGAAACUGAAGAGGUAUUCGAUGAUGCCAUCUCGCUAGAUCGCAUGAGUUUUCGUUCGAACGCCGACAGCUGGCAUUCGGCUACAUCGAAGCGUACCGCUUACUUUUCCAUCACCGAUCAAAGCAUACGUUCACGUCGUAGCGUACUCAGUCGACUGGAAUCGAUAAAUUUGGAAUAUGAAAGUCGUCGUCCCCCAACCACACUACCUCCGCUCGAUCAACCUGUGCCCACAGACAAUUGGCAUACCGAGCAAGGUGAUUAUGUUAUGGUUCAUGCAGCCUACACCACACAUCUAUCCUCAGAUUGCUUCUUUGCACCCGAAUCACGGCUCAAUGAUGGCAUUAUCUAUUUGGUUAUCAUCCGCGCUGGCGUUGGACGUUCUCAAUUGGCACAUUUCCUUCUAGGCAUGAGCUCUGGCACGCAUCUGCCGAAGGAACCGAAUAAAUAUAUUGAAAUAGUACCGGUGCGUGCGUUUCGCAUUGAACCCGGUUCGGAUAAGGAGGGCAUUAUGGCGGUGGAUGGCGAACGUGUGGAUUAUGGACCGUUACAAGCUGAAGUUAUGCCGGGUAUGAUCAAUGUUAUGGUGCCGAAUGGAAAUCCGUUGGACUAGUGCACAAUUUUAAAUUAACUUUUUGAAACGUAAAAACUAUAAUUAAUAAAUAUAUAUUUUAAUGGUAGUUAUAUAAUUGCUUUUACAUGCCAAGCGUUUAGUAUUAAGUAUUUUACAAACGCAAUUUAGUUGCUCUUAAUAAAAAAAUUGAGUG